ACAGAUGAUCAGAAGAAUGAAUAUGUCAUGAUUAGAUGUGGAGGGGAUCAGCCAGUUAAAGGAUUUUGUCAUUUUUAUAAGAAUGAAGCUCUUUUUAGAUCAGAGGUAUAUGCCACAGGUGUAAGAGCUUGUGUGAUUUCUGUGUUUAAGUAUCAGCUGUUGGAUCAAAGAUCAGUAAAGAGUGUCACUCAAGUGAACGUGAGCUGUGAAAUUGAAGUCAUAAGAGAAAAUGACAAAAAAACAUCACGCCGCAGUAGGAAGGUGACAGUGGAUGUUUAUGGUAAUCUAGGUAAACCAGCAUUGAGUGCAACAUCUGACAUAACUGGAAAGGAAGAAGCAGUAACACUGACAUGUGAAUUGCCUCAGACAUUCCCUGAAGCUCACUGCCAUUUCUACAGAGAUGACGAUUCACAUCCAUUCAAGUCAAAGAGUUCAGAAGAUAACAAGUGUGAGCUGUCUGUGAAUGGACGUGAACUGCUAGGAGGUCGAACUACAGUGAUGGAGUCUGAGGUUCAACUGAGGUGUGACUACACUCUGAAUAUGAGCCCAGAAAUUAAUUCGCAGUACAGCAAGGACAGGAGUGUAAGAGUGCUGGAUAUUCCAAAACCAGAGAUUUCUUUCUAUGAUGAAAAUAAAAAUUCAGUUCUCUGUAUAGGCCCUCCCUGUUUCACUGAAGUGCUGUUCAGCUUGUAUCAGGAGGGAACAGAAGAAUGGCCUGAGAGUAAAAAGGCUGAAAAGAAUCAGAACUUUGUUAUCUUUGAUACUUCAAGGCAUUAUGGUGAGAAGUCCCAAGGCUACUGGUGUCAAUAUGAGUAUAAGGGAAUAAAAUCUCCUAGAAGUGAUCUGAUCCACACAGAUGAAGGAGAGUCUCUUGGUGCUUUUCUUAUCAGAGGAAUCUUAGCAGUGUUAUUUUUUAUUACAAUUGCUUCACUUCACCUAUAUACCUACCUGAAGUGCAGUAAGUGAAUUUCACUUUUAUAUGCUGAGUCGCUUAGGAUACAAAAAAGUUUCUUCCUUC